AUGGGAACUAAAAAGGUGAAGAUUAGCUCCGUUAAGCGGGCGGCUCACUUGAAAUCCAAGAAAACACCGCUGACGAAGCAACAACAACAGAAACAGAAGCAGAAACGCGAUCAAUUGCACUCCAAGCGGGAACAGGGCCAAAAUAUAUUCUCACAGAAGGCCAGGAAGAAGGAUAACCUGGCCCAGAGAAAGAAGCACAACAAACUGGCUUCCUUAGGUGUAGACCCCUUGGAACUGGAAGGCAACGAUGAUGACGACGAUUUGGAUCUGGACAAUGUGGCUGAUAUGCUCGACGGCGACGACCUGGCGUUGCUUCAGGCCAACAAACGCAAGCGAAAGGCCAAAGCAGCCGACGAAGAUCACGAGGAACAACUGCAGGCGGUGGGCUUAGAAAUGGAGUACGCGACAGCCAGCAAAAAAGAGGAAGCUGCCAAGAAAAUCAAGGUGGAUUUGCUGCCUAUUAAGUCCAGGGAUGGCCAGAUUAUUACCCGCACCACAGAAGUAGACUAUGUGCCCAAGCCCAAAGUUAAGAAACAAGGGGACGCGGAGGACGAGGAGGAAGAGGAUGACGACGAAGAUGGUGAAUCGGUUUACGAGGACAGUGACGACGAUAUUGUGAACGAUGUAGACGCUCCACAGGAACUUCCCAGCCAGAAAAUGCUUUCCACCACAGAUCUAAUGCUUGUCCGUGAGCAAGAGAUCGAACGACAGAAGUACCGCAUUGGUAUCAUCUGUUCCGGCCUGCUGGAGAAGCCCGAGGAUAAGAUGCGUCACUUCCAUGCCCUCUAUGAGCUGAUGGAUGAAAUAAACCCUACUACCAGGCUGCCCAAUCUGAUGCCUGUCCGGAAGCUGGCCAUGAUUUCCGCCACUGAGAUAUUCAAAGACAUUCUGCCGGAGUAUCGAGUGGGUCAGGUUGAUACCAAAAUGCAGACACUACGCAAGGCUACGCUGGAACGUGUUACCUUUGAGAAUGCCCUGCUGCAGCAAUUCAAGAAGUUCCUCCAGAAACUAGAGCAGCUUACGGGACAGGUGAACAAGAGAGGAGGCCAACGGACUCCACAGACCAUAAAAAUGGCAACUGUAGCCGUGCAGUGCAUGUGCGAUCUUCUGGUAGCCCAUCCGUAUUUCAAUUACGUCCAAAACAUUGCCCAACUGCUGGUCUAUAUGCUCAACUGCAACUACGCGGAAAUGCGAACGGCCAUUAACCAGUGUUUCCGCACAGUCUUCGCCAACGACAAGCGAUUUGAAAUAACCCUUUUCAUCGUGCGACGCAUCAAUCACCUGAUUAAAACUAAACAAAACAAUGUCCACGUGGAGUGCAUUACCUGCCUUAUGGGCCUGAAGAUCAAGAACGUGAACCUAGACGCCGAAAAGGAGAACGAGUUGAAGCAAAAGAAACUGGAGUCCCAUCGCCAGAGGCUCUUGAGUUUGUCCAAAAAAGAGCGGAAGCGUCGGAAGAAGCUCACCGAAGUAAACCGGGAGUUGGAGGAGACCAAAGCCGAGGAGAACAAGCAAGCCAAGCAUCUGAAGCUUACCGAGAUCAUCAAGAUGGUGUUCACCAUUUACUUCCGCAUCCUUAAAAAUGAUCCCACAUCGCGAAUUCUGAGCGCCAUUCUUGAAGGCUUGGCAGAAUUCGCUCAUGUCAUCAAUCUGGAUUUCUUUGCCGAUCUUAUCGAUGUUCUCAACCGGAUAUUGGAGGAUCAGGAAGAGCUGGGCUACCGCGAGCGCCUGCACUGCAUUCAGACUAUUUUUGUGAUUCUUUCCGGUCAAGGCGAAGUUUUGAACAUCGAUCCCAUACGAUUCUACCAGCACUUCUAUCGCAACAUGUUGGCUGUGACUGCGGGCAAGAACCACGAGGACUUUGCCAUUAUAUUGCGCACCCUGGAUGAGGUUCUGGUGAAACGGCGGCGGAACAUGAGCCAGCAACGUUUGAUGGCAUUUAUAAAACGGUUAUUAAGUGGCAGCUUGCAUCUUCUGCAUAAUGGUACCUUGGCUACCCUGGGCACAAUCAAACAGACCUUCCAACUUACCUCCGUGUUGGACGCCUUGCUGGACACUGACACCACCAUAGGAUCCGGUCGGUAUGAUCCUGAACUGGAGGACCCCGAGUACUGUAACGCAUCCAGCACAGCCUUGUAUGAGCUGAGUCUUCUGGCCCGCCACUAUCAUCCGACAGUGCGCCGCAUGGCGGUGCACAUUGCCAACGGAGUACCCGCAUCCGGCGAAGGCGCUCUGCCCACAGACAUCGGAAAGCUCACCUCACACGACUUGUUUACCCAGUACGACAGCUCACAGAUGGCUUUUAAUCCAACAAUACCACUUCCGAAAGCUGGGCAACCAAAGCUCAAAAAGGGCAGGCAAAUGUAUAUUCGGCCUGGAUUCAAGCAGGAAUACAGAACGCUAUUGAGAGAAGCGCAAUCUUCAAGAUCUGGGGAUAGGCAUAAACUAAAUCUUGACUUUCAUAGUGCACUUCAAUAGAUAACAUAAUAAACUUGAAGCUUUUAAGUUGAAA